AGCGGUGCCCUCUCUGAGGUGCAUCUCCCUUCCUAUCCCUCCCCGAGUGGAGUAGUGCUCCAUCGGUCCACCGGUGCAACCUGCGGCCGCAUCAGCAGCAGCGGGCUAACCUCCGCACAAGCACGUCUUCCGACGGCUGCUCGGUCCUCCGAGCAGCAGCAGCAACCUCGCGAAAGAGACAGUGUUGGUGGUGACCGCUACGCGUCGUCUCCGUCCCACGUUUGACUUCGGCGGCCCGGAAGAACCAGGCGCACAGGCCACAGGAUGAGUCCUUUGCUAGUCCUCUUCGUAAUCGAAGCUGCGUUCCUCGCUGGCAGCACUGCAAGGCGGCUGUCCGGCGGUUACGGCGGGGCUGACGAGCUCCUCAACCAAAUUUCCGGCACGACCACGUCGGCUCCAGGCGACUAUGGCGACGCACGCGACUUCUCAGCCGGAGACCUACCGGCGCCCCAUGGCGGAGGCGAUGGCGCCUUUCCCAAUGGUGGCGGCGGUGGUUACGGACCUGGGAAGCAUGGUGACUUCGGUGACACCACGGGUCCGGCGGGUGAUGGCUUCGGACACACUCCCACCAACGGGCACACCGGACACGGCCUUGACAUUAAGGCGCCUCACCACACUGGUGCACCACACCACACCGGCGCUCCUCACCUGACUGGCGGACCCCACCACAUCGGAGGACCUCACGCCGGCGGACCUCAUCACACUGGAGGUCCUCACGCUGGUGGGCUUCAUCAUACCGGAGGACCUUUCACCGAUAGACCUCACCAUACUGGCGGGCCUCACGCCGGCGGCCUUCACCAUACCGGAGGACCCCUAACUGAUGGACCUCACCAUACUGGAGGGCCGCACCCUGGUGGCCUUCACCAUACCGGAGGACCACUCACCGAUGGACCUCACCAUACUGAAGGCCCGCACGUCGGGGGUCUUCAUCAUACCGGAGGACCUUUCACCGAUGGACCUCACCAUACUGGAGGACCUCACGCCGGUGGCCUUCACCAUACCGGAGGACCACUCACCGAUGGGCCUGACCACACUGGAGGGCCUCACGCUGGUGGCCUUCACCAUACUGGUGGACCUCACACCGGAGGACCUCAUUACACCGGAGCUCCUCACCACACUGGAGGAGUGACACACCACACCGGAGGACCCCUUCACGCUGGAGACCUUGUUCAGACUGGAGGUCCUCACCACACCGGUGGAACGGGCACUCCGCACCACACGGUCGGCCCUCACCAUGGAACGGGAACGCACCUUGGUACUGGCCCGCACCACGUGACGCCCGGAUCUUACGGGCCCGGCGGAGGCGUCGACACGACAGGCACGACAGCGUAUCCUGGCAGUGGUCACACUGGCCACGUUCCCACUACGGUUGGUGGUGAUCACCCGGGAGAUCGCUUAGAGCCAUUCAAGGCCACGGGGACCCCGUCCGGUCACGGACACCACGCCGGUCACGAAGUGCACCCCGGUCACGGCAGACAUGCUCCCGCCUACGUGCCAUCCGUGACGGGAGGAACUACGGGACCUUCUUUCGGUGGUGGCGCCGGACCUGAUACGACUUUCGAACCCUUCAAAACGACUGGGCCCGGCUCGGAAGACUAUCGAGGAGGACCAAGUGGACCUGCGGGUCCAGGCUUUGGUGGAGUUGGUGUCACGAGCGGGCCUGCCGACGCACCGACCCAUGGAGGACCAGGCGUAACCCCAUCCCACGGUUUCACAGGCCAGCCGCACACUGGCCAUGCUGGCGGACAAGGUGGUGUGACUGGCGCACCUUUUGCGCCUACAGAAGCUCCCGACUUCGGCCUGCCGAAGAUUUCGACACUUCCUCCUGCGGGGCCUAACGGACUCCCGAAUGGCUUCCCGAACGGAGGUCCGCAAGCCGGUCAGCAACACGUUGGCGGCGGUCCGCAUGACGAUGGACAGUAUCACGGAGACGACGGCCAAGACGGGCAUGAUGGUCAGCCCUGGCCAGCUAUCAGAGGCACGCCCGGCCAAGACUACCCUGUCUACAGCUCAAUUCCUCGUACAGAAUUCAGCUGCAGAGACCAGCAGUACGCUGGGUACUAUGGUGAUAUGGACGCACAGUGCCAAGUCUUCCACAUUUGCCAAGAAGACGGCCGACACGAUGCGUUUCUGUGUCCCAACGGCACCGUGUUCAACCAGAGGUUCUUUGUGUGCGACUGGUGGUACAACUACGAGUGCGACGAGACGCCCUCGCUGUACCACCUCAACUCUCAGCUCUACGUUGAGCCAGAAGGUGCCGGCCCCGCCGGAGGUGCACCGGGAGGUGUUUAUGGCGCGGCAGAACCACAGCAGCAAGGUCCUGGCGCGACUCCGGGACACCUAGGCCCGCCGACUACUGCCGAAUACCCCGCGACUACCCCUACCGGCUCGUUCACCGGAGCUCCCGGUGCUCCUCACACCGGUCCUGCUCACCAUGGUCCCGGACACGUCGGAGCGGUCCCUAACGGGCACGUCCCCAACGGUGGUUUUGGAGAUCACACCGGACCUGCCCACGGUGGUCCCACUGACGGAGCACCCGGAUACGGCACCACUGGUCACACUGGAGGUCCCACCCACGGAGGUCCCGGAGCGACGGAUGUCACCCACGGAGGACCCGAUCACACUGGUCCCGCGCAUCAUGGCGGUCCUGGAUUCGACGGACCAGCGACGCACACUGGCACCACGCACACGACGCAUGGCGUUCCUGGAUUCGGUGAGCCCGGCACGCACACCGGUCCGGCGCACACAACCCUCGGAGGUCCGGCUGGUCACGACGGUUCGGCUCACGGUGGUCCCACGCAUGGCGGCCUCGGACACGAUGGACCCCACCACGGCGGACCACACUACGGAGGCACUGCGGGUCCAGACUUCACAGGACCUACAACUCACGGAGGCCCGCCGCACCACGGAGGAACAACGGGACCAGCAACUCACGGUGGUCCGACUCACGGAGGGCCGCACCACGGCGGCACCACAGGUCCCGCUCACCACGGAGGACUAACGCACGGAGGACCAACGCACGGUGGUCCCGGCCCUGCUGAUCUGACUGACACUGACGAAGACGACUACGGCGAUGCUGGCAGGCCGGGAUACGGCGGCGGCGGAGGAGGCCACCGAGGAGGCAAGCUCAGCGCAGGCUUCGGCACGACAGCGGCCGAUUACGCAACGGGCGGAGACGAUUUCAUCACCGGAGGCGGCAGGCCGGCCACCGGCGGCCCGGCACACCACGGCGGUCACACAGCCGCGGGAGAGCUCCCAUCCCCGCACCACAACGAAAACGGCGGCAGCAACGGAAACGGAAAUGGCGGUGGCCCGGACAGCGGUCAGCUCAAGUACCCCAGCUACUAAGACUAGCAACGCUCCAACUGUGGCUUCUCUUUCUGCAUAGUAGCUUCCGUUUUCCUCCUCUUAGAAUCGAGCGGAUCUGUGAGAUACCAAUCCAUGCGUGUUGUUGGGCCAUAUUCAGCGACUGCCAGUGACUGUGCGCGCGUGAGUGUGAGUGCUUCGGCGGAGGCGAGUUGUAUUACACAUCGUCUCCGGGAGUGGCUGUGUUCAUCGCGACGAGAAUGCGUGCAACAUGUUUGUUAAUUUGUUACGAAGCAUAUUAUAGCAAAGAGGAACACAUAUUAUAUACAUAAUAUAUAUGUGGGGUAGCCGGGCGUUCGUCGACCAGCUGGACGCCUGGGUUGGGUGGAGUUUCUCUGGCGGCCUUCUUCUCGUCUCUUUCGACCUUUUCGUCCGUUAGACAUCAGAGUUCUAUAGAAAUGCACAGUAUUUUGUAAUUUAUCAUUCUUGUCCUCUUUGCUAUAAUAUAUGCAUCAAGUUGAAAUAAAACGAUUGUUUUGUUA